AUGGUCGAUCUAAACGUUUCUUGGGGCACCAUCAAGAGCCUCGCGUUCAUCUUCGCCCCGAUUGUCCUCCCGCGAAUCCUCAGCUUUGUCCGCUAUAUUAAAGUCGCUCUAACGCAGCGGCCGAAUCCUCGACCUCUCACGCCGGCUGCUUCUAGGGCUCUCAACCUCCUCUUUUUCGCGAUCCUCGUCUCCCUCUUCCUUACCUACCCUUCGAGCCCGUUCGCCCCGAGCCCGAGUAUUUUCUCUCUGACACGCUCCCGCAUUAAUACGCCGGUAGACGCAGUGUUUUCGAGGCUGGCACGUCUGCGAGAUGGUGGUGUCCUUACGGAAGCGGACAAGCUGCUCAGGUCGAAGCUUGUAUCGAAGGAGGCGCGGAAGAUCUAUUUACGAUUCGGCGAGAAAGCAGUGACGCAGUGCCAAUUCUGCAAGCUCGAUAACCCAAAUACCUACGCGCUGUUCUAUUACCCGCUCAACUCGAUGAUCCUGCACCUAGUCCACAUGGCCGUGGUAGGGAUCGCAACCUCCGCCUCGUUCGCCGGGAGAGACGCAUCUAGGUGGCGCACCAAGUUUACAAUUGCAGGAUUGCUCCUGGCCGUUGCUGAUCUCUAUGUUGUGUUCAUGUAUGACCCCGUCAAGUCCGGCCCUCAAGCUGUGCGGGAUGGGAUCGCGGUUCCGCCCGCUGUCUUUCAGAAGAUGGCUGUGUUGCGGCCGCUGGCGCUUGCAUGCUUUGAUGUUGUCCUGGCGGCCUUCAUCUACGUGACUGCUACAAAUCGGUGGUUCUUUACGCCGCCAAGCCAGGCGGAUGAGGUGGAUAACAUUGUGUCGGCGUCUUUGGCGUCGCUCACGGGGACAAGCACGAAGCUGCAUGUUGCGAGUGUGACGAAGAAUGCGGUGGUUCGAGAUAGAGUGCUGAAGGACCGCGAUGAUUCAUAUUGGCAGACAGUUGUUGCGAACGGAGAAGGUGUCUCGGGAGCCCCAUCGGGAGUAUGGGAGGAGGAAGAGGUGGUGCGGGCAAUGUCUCGGGCGAUGGCGGGACAAGGAGGAGUUGAUCUGGCCAAGCUGGGAGUCAGUGCAGCGGAGUACGUGAACGGAGCGACGGCGGGGUUGGAACGGGAGAGCUCAUAG